UGGAAUGAUCCUCUAUGAAAGAAAGAUCGAGCAAGGCACCCUGAUCCAAUCGAUGGAUGUGGAUGUCACUCGUCGCUCCUUGGGCUGGCUGUGCAAGCAGUCUACACAGAAGACGCGUCUUCCUCAAUUGGCCAGGAAACGAGCUGAUAAGAAGAAAGGUACUUCAAUGUUGCGAGCACGGCUCCACAUAGUUGUCGAACUUCUUGCACUCCACGCGAUGGCCAUCAAACGACGGUCCAAGAGGAAGUGUUUUACUGACAAUACUCAUACCGCUAAAGUCGUCGAUCGUUCGAUUUCAUGCAAUUUACCUGAGCUAGCAAGCCCGGAUGAUGUGGUCUACCCGCUGUUCGACGCUGUCAUGACGUUGGACACUUUUGCGGUGGUGAAUAUCGUAUCCUCUUGGAUCGCAACUAUCGUCCCCGAUACCGAAGGGCAGGUGGAAUUGAUGCUGUCAAUGUGGUCGUAUAUCUAUAUCAUUCUCAACGGCAGCCCGAUCACUCUUUGGCUACAGAGUUAACGCUGACAACAAUACCUGCCAUGCUGCUUCAUGAUGCUUCGGAAAGGGUUAUGAUAGGUAUUGUCAUGCGCCGCUUCUUUUCACCUGCAUCUAUCCGCUUGUCGUACUAUGCAUGUUUAUUAUGUUCCACCACUAAGAUACCUUUGCAGAUAGUGAUAGUUCCCUAUUAUCUUCAUGUAACAAAUCGAAAAACCUGAACGGAUACUAGUC